UACUGCUGAGGAAUAUAUUGUACAUAAAAGGCUUGAUAUUCUAAUGAGUAAGAAACCAGUUGCUGUAGGCAUACGGUCACGUCAAGACGCCUAGCGCAUAGGGAAUUGCUUUUUUUAUUUAUUAAAGUUAAAUUAUUUUGAUUAUUUUUAUUGUUGUUUGGUGUAAAACUUCAGAAACAUGUCACAGGAAUAUAGUGUUAGUGAGGUGGCACAGAACAAUGGCCACGAUGGCAAACCAGUGUGGAUUAUAAUCAAAGAAAGUGUUUAUGAUAUGACGGAGUUCAUAAAAGAACAUCCCGGUGGCGAUGAUUCAAUACUCGAAUAUGCCGGAAAAGAUGCCACAAAAGCCUUCAAUGAAGUUGGUCAUUCAACCGAUGCUAUAAAACAAAUGAAAUCAUACAAAAUAGGCGUUGUUAGACCGGAGUACACGAAAGUACACAAUCGCCAACCUACAUCCGCAGCUAACGGUCUAAGCGAGAAGCAACAACAGCAGCCAGAAUGUGGUCAAUCGGAAAAGAAGCGAAUAAAAUUCUUCUUUUGCUUUUGAAUGGCAAAGAAUGCUGAUAAAUUUAAGAAAACACGCCCAACUGUGAUUAAACCGAAACUCGUGAAUAUUUCAGAAUAUAAACAUGAUUAUAUGAGUUAGCAAAAAAAAAUACUUAAAUAGGUAUGACUUACGUAAUAUUGAACUUAAUUAUUACCACGCAAUGAUGAGCUUAUUUAAGAAUUUGUUAUUUUUAUUAACUUCACUUAUAAAGUACAUUUUUUUGUUUGCUGCUUGAAUUCGUUCUUAUAUAUA